CUUGUCCCCCUUUCCCUGGACCAGCUGCGGGGAAAGCCCAGCUCUGAGCCACACGGAGGGCGCGGGAGGGAGACCGAGCGGACACCGAGCACAGCUGGCCACCCUCGCCCCAGGGCAGGCUGCCCCCCACAGCGCAAUGGAAAUCCCCAUGCUGGCCCCCAUCUGCCUGAUCGAGAACAGCCCGAACGGGGAGCUGCAGGUGCAGCAGGAGGCGCUGCAGCUGCUGGCAGAGAUCUCCCAGCCCGUGGUGGUGGUGGCCAUCGCCGGGCUGUACCGCACCGGCAAGUCCUAUCUCAUGAACAAACUGGCUGGCCAGAGAACAGGGUUUUCGCUGGGCACCACGGUGCAGUCUCACACCAAGGGCAUCUGGAUGUGGUGCCUGCCCUAUCCCUACCGGGCCGGCCACACCCUGGUGCUGCUGGACACCGAGGGGCUGGGGGACGUGGAGAAGGGCAACACGAAGAACGACGCGUGGAUCUUCGCACUGGCCGUACUGCUCAGCAGCACCCUGGUCUAUAACAGCCAAGGCACCAUCAACCAGCAGGCCAUGGACCAGCUGCACUAUGUGACGGAGCUGACGGAGCACAUCAAGGUGAAGGCGGCAGGCGAGGGCGGCCGGCAGGAGGGGGAGGAUUCGGCCGAGUUCCUGCGGUUCUUCCCGUUCUUUGUGUGGGCCGUGCGGGAUUUCGCGCUGCAGCUGGAGCUGGAUGGGCAGGAGAUCACCGAGGACGAGUAUCUGGAGAACGCCCUGAAACUAAAGCCAGGCAGCAGCCAGCGAGCCCAGCUCUACAACCUGCCCCGCGAGUGCAUCCGCCAGUUCUUCCCGGCCCGGAAAUGCUUCGUCUUUGUCCCACCGGCCGGCAGGAGGGACCUGCCCCGGCUGGAGGAGCUGCAGGAGGACGAGCUGGAGCCUGAGUUCUCAGAGCAGGUGGCCCGGUUCUGCCACCACGUCUGGGAGACGUUGAAGCCCAAGACCAUCCCAGGCGGCCACGCGGUGACUGGGGCCAUGCUGGGGAACCUGGCGGUGACCUAGGUAGAUGCCAUCCGCAGUGGGGUGGUGCCCUGCAUGGAGAGCGCGGUGCUGGCCCUGGCACAGAUCGAGAACUCGGCGGCGGUGGGGGAGGCCGUGGCUGUCUACGAGGAGCAGCUGGGGUUGCGGGCGGCGCUGCCCACAGAGAGCGUGCAGGAGCUGCUGGAGCUGCACGCCCAGUGCGAGCGGGAAGCGCUGCGGGCGUUCAUGGCGCGCGCCUUCAAGGACGACGACCGCAGCUUCCAAGGGGAGCUCAUGCACCGCCUGGAGGAGCAGAAGCAGGAGCUCUGCCGGCGCAAUGAGCUGGCGUCGUUGGAUCGCUGCACGGCCACCCUGCUGGAGCUGUCUGACAAGCUGGGUGACUGGAUCGGCCAGAGAGUUUACCUGGUGCCCGGGGGCUACCAGCGCUUUUUGGAAGACCAGCGGCGUGUGGUUGAGAGAUACUGGCAGGUGCCAGGGAAGGGGGUAAAGGCCGAGGAGGUGCUGCAGGAGUUCCUCCAGUCCAAGGAGGCCGUGGCCCAGACCAUCCUGCAGACGGACCAGGCCCUGACGGAGAAGGAGAAGGAGACGGCAGCCGAGCGAGCCCGGGCCGAAAUGGCUGAGCGGGAGCAGGAGGUCUUGAAGCAGAAGGAGGCUGAGCUGCAGCAGAAGCUGGAGGACCAGGACCGCAGCUACCAGGAGAACCUGCGGCAGCUGGAGGAGAAGCUGGAGGACGAGAGGAAGAAGCUGCUGGAGGAGCAGGGCAAAAUGAUGGAUCAGAAACUGAAGGAGCAGGAGGCCCUCCUGAGGGAGGGUUUCCGGGAGGAGGCCCGACGCCUGGAGAAUGAGAUCCGGGGCCUGCAGCAGCAAAACGAGGAGAUCCAGAAGCCGUCAUGGAUCCAAUCGGCACUGGGGAUGCUGGGCGACGUGGCCUCCCUCAUGCUACCCGGCUUCGCUAGCAAGGCUGCCGGGGUCGUCACCAACCUUGUCCGGCGCCUGUUCUGAGGGGCCUCUGGCCUCCCGCUCGCCUGUUCAACCACGGAACCCCCCGCCACAGGAUGCGCCACCAGCGAGCAACUUAGUAACGUCCAGCAAAGCAUUGGGUGAUUCUGACUGCAACACUGAGGGCUCCCAACUGCCACGCUUCAUGGCCUGGGCUAUCCCCCCACCCCACUGGUGGGGUCAGGAAGAAAUAUCUUACCCCACAGGGCCUUGCAGGGAGGGUGCAUUGUGGGAGCUGUGCUACCUCAAGAUGCGGAGGACUUGUUGGAGAGGGAUAGAUUCAUAGAUAUUAAGGUCAGAAGGGACCAUUCUGAUCGUCUAGUCCGACCUCCUGCACAAGGCAGGCCACAGAAUCUCACCCACCCACUCCUGCAAAAAACCUCUCACCUGUGUCUGAGCUAUUGAAGUCCUCAACCAUCGGAUACCGGGAUGGUUGGGCCUAUUAGCCUGGUCUGUGGGGCAGGACCCAAGAGAGGUGGCCACCGGGACACCACCCCCUGGGGGAGUGAGAUGCUGCCCACACCUAGAGCUGAGACGGCCUUCUGCCCCGGGUACCUCCCCAGCCCCAGGCCGAGGGAUGGG